ACUAAACGUCAAAAACUCAGCCAUCGAAUCAGCAAAACGUAAACAUAAACGUGCUUUUCUGCAAGAUUUUCAUAAAAUUCCGUUUAAAAUCUACAUUUUUGGAACAUUUAAUUGGAAAUACAGAGUUUUAAUAUAGAAGACAACAUCCUCAACUUAAGUGACUGUGCGGUACUUAAUUUCAUCGCAUACCUGAGUGGAUAAACGGCACAGAACCGAUCGCCAUGCCGUUCAUGAAGGGAAAAGCACCGGUUCGCCGGUCGAUUCAAUACCUGAGUGCCGGCCGAUUGGCACUGAAGGAGAAGAUUAAGGUCUUCAGCGUGAACUACAACACCUACGGCGAUCAUCACGAGGGAGCGAGGGAUUUCGUGUUUUGGAACAUUCCGCAGAUUCAGUACAAGAACCCGGCCGUGCAGGUGGUCACAUUCAAAAACAUGACCCCAUCGCCAUUCAUCAAGUGUUAUUACGAGGACGGAAAGCAAAUGCUGAUAGAUAUCGAUAGCAAGAACCGGAAUGAAAUCAUGCAGCAUCUAAUAAACGUUGUGGGGAAAUCUCAAGAAACCCUCAAGGCGGAAGCCAAGUUCGCCGAGAAGCAGGACAAUCCGGCCAACUUUGGCGUCGGCUGCGCAAAGCAUUGCAUCUGCGAGGUUCCCGGACAGCUGCCCUGCCCCGGAGUGGUUCCCGUUCCGAAGCACAUGCGAGGGAAAUACAUCUACCAAAUGAAGGAAUAGGCGAAUCAUGGAAAGGUUCUUUGUCAGUUCUUGGAAAGAGCUUCUGCAGUAUGCUUUUCACUUGUAGCUUUUUAGUUCGUUGCCUAAGUAUAUAUUACGUUAGAUCUUUAAAAAUAAUGAGUCACAAUUGAA